AUGGCCGCAUCAGCUCCAAUGCGGUUGCCAUGGCGCAUACUUACUCGAUCGGCAGCAGCCAAUCCGCUCAUACCAGCUUCCCACCACGGUAGAAUACAGCGGCCCACCAACCCACCAAGGGCAGGAGUUCUGUGCAGAUAUAAUUCGGAUUUAACCACCCCUCCUCCAGGGAUCCAACAGGUCGAGACAGAGACACUUCGCGCGCCAAAGCAGCAAAGCCCUCCUCCACCAGAGAACGAAACCUCUCAGCCAGCAGCCAGCGCAGCCGAAGCACAAGACCUGGCAUCAAGCAAACCCUUAGAAAAAGACUCGGAAACGGGCCUAGAUUUCCGAUUACCACGAAGCGUCCAAGCCGUCUACCUCCGCCCUCUCCGCCGACAAGCCGAAUAUGGUGUCCCCUCGUGUGAUCUCCAACUGCGUUCCUACAGCGUCCGCAAUCUCGAAUUCUUCUGCGACUUCGCUCUCCGCGCAGCGUAUUACCUAGGCCUGCCUGCCUACGGCCCAGUCCCCCUACCGCGAAUCGUCGAGCGGUGGACAGUACCCAGAUCAAGUUUCAUUUUCAAGAAGUCGCAGGAGAAUUUUGAGAGGAGGACUGUGAGGCGGUUGAUUCAGAUUAAGGAUGGGAAUCCCGAGACAGUGGAGGCGUGGCUGGCUUUCUUGAGGAAGCAUGCCUACUAUGGGAUUGGUAUGAAGGCUAAUGUUUUCGAGUUUUCGAAACUGGAUGUGGGGAAGAACAUGGAUAUCGAGAUGGAGCAGAUGAAGGAUACUGUGAAUGAAACUUGGGAACAGGUGGGCAUCGAUAGGAGCCGGAAUCGUGGCAAGCGCAUGACUACGGAGACUAUCAUGGAGUUUAUCAACAAGGAGAAUUUCCGCUCUGCAACUCACGGAAAUGCUCCCUUGAGCAAGCCUCCUUCGCCGUUUUAG